UUGGAGACGGAGCGCACUUUUCCCCCUGGAACUUGAAGGAGUCGAACACAACCAUGGAUUUUAUUAACCCUCGACUAUGCUUGCUCCUACUCUCGGCACUUGCCUGCUGCUCAGCAGACUUGCUACCUAAAGACAAGAUAAAAGGAGUUAUUGGGAAGAUGGUCAAGUUCGAGACGACUUAUGACAUGACUAAAGGAUUUAUAACGCUCAUCUGGAAUCAAGACGAGAACAAUAUCGUUACUUGCACUGCGGAUACGAUAAAGAUUGGCGACGCCUUCAAGGACCGAGUCUCGAUGAAUCGCACUACGGGAACUAUGACACUUGGACCCCUGGCUUCCACCGACAGCGGGGCAUACCAGUUGUCAAUUGUUACAAAAGAUGUUACGACGCUGAAUGGAGAGACGACCCUUGAAGUCCUGGAGCCCGUGUCGGACGUGGCCAUCACCUCGGACCUGCCGGAGGCCGUGGAGCUCAACAGCACGGUGGUGCUGACCUGCGCGGCCAAGGGCUCCUUCCUGAAGUUCACCUGGAUGAACGGCAGCGCGCCCGUGGCGGCCGACGGCAAGCGGCUGGUGCUGAGCGAGAAGGGCGACGUGCUGACGGUGAAGGAGGUGCUGCGCACCGACCUGAAGGGACCCAUCACCUGCAAAGCCGGCAACGACCUCGAGACGGAGACCAGCGCCGCCUUCAGCCUCCCCGUCAGCUAUGGUCCAGAGAGUGUUGUCCUCACCCAGACGCCCAAGAAGGCCGUGCUGGCCACAGGCUCCAACGUCACCUUGAGCUGCUCAUCUGUGUCCAGCCCCGAGGCCACCUACAUCUGGCUGCAGAACGGCGCCGUCAUGAAGGACCAGACCGCCGCCUCCAUCGUCUUCGACAAGCUGAAGGAGAAGGACGGUGGCAACUACACCUGCCAGGCCACCAACGCCAAGACCAAGCGCUACGCAGCCGCCGCCGCACCCACCACCUUCAGUGUGCAGGAGCCCAUUAAGGGAACCACGAUCACCAGGGUAGGCGGCGACGCCCCCCUCCUGGCCGGGAAGAGCUCCGUCAACCUCACCUGCGGGGCGGAGUCCGGCACCGUGUCCUCCAAGCUGUGGUCCAAGGACGGUGCGGCUCUGGCCACCAGCGACAGGAUGACCAUGUCCAAGCACAAGGACAUCCUGGUCAUUUCGCCCGUGCAGAAGGAGGACGCCGGCACGUACAAGUGCGAGCUGAGGAACGACGUCAACAGCGUCGCGGCCACAUACACCAUGGUGGUCAACUAUGGGCCGGAGGUGACAGCGGUGGAGGGCCCCGACGCGGUGGAGAUCCACGACAAGGUGGAGAUCAAGUGCCUGGUCAACUCGCACCCGGCGCCCACCUACCAGUGGAAGCUGAACGACACGGUGCUGAGCACAACCUCCGCCACAGUCGUCAUCGAGAACCCCCGUUACAAAGACAGCGGCAUCUACACCUGCAUCGCCACCAACGCCGUCACCAAUGCCACCUCCACAUCCACGCACAGGCUGGACGUCAAAGAGGAGGGUGCCCUGGACGAGGAGGGCCUGUCAGGAGGAGCCAUCGCUGGCAUCAUCAUCGGGGUGCUCAUCGCUCUGGGCAUCGUGAUCGGAGUCAUCAUGCACAUGAGGAAGAAGAAAGACAUCCCAUCGCCUUACUAAACACGGACUCCCCAAGGAGAGGAGGAGCGGAGGGUGGACUGGGUCCGCAAAACACCUCCCCAAAAAAAUCAGCCGACUUCACUUUUUCUUUUUCUCCGUUUGUCUUCGCUGAGGAUCCCGCGGGGCUGGGCUGGCUUCUGUGAAACCUGUUGGUUUGGUCGCCAUGACACAGGUGCCCCAACUUCCAUCUCAACCAUCCCAGCAGUUACCACCACCACCACCACCUUCAGCACUGCAACCCCUCACCCGACCCACCAACUCCAACCUGCCUGGGGCCGAGCUCUGCUUUCACAUGAGCCCAAAAGACACCUUCUGCGCCUCUCUUCAGUCAGUUGCACACCUGGUUUUUGGCAACCCUGAUGAUCUGUACAGAGUACAGCCCCCAAGCACAAUCCUCAACCACCACCACCACCACCACCACCCAGCCACUAUGGCCUCCUCCUCCAUCCAACCAACCCAGAUUCCCCACUCCUCCACCCCUCCCCCUGACCCUGUGCUCACACUCAUACCUUCUCCUCCCCUUGGACGAAAAUGGGCUGGAAUGGCCACCUCCAUCCCCCAGAGGCGGUGGGAGGGGAGAGGGGAAUUCUUGGACUUGAAGACUGAAUUGAGACUUGGAGGGGCAGGGGGGGUUGGGGUGGGGUUAGGGUUGGGGUUGGGGGGUAGGGUGGGGUGUUGUCUUGGUUACGCUUGCCCUUAUCUUUAAGUUUCGACUCCAUCUCAUUAUGGGCCCACCCCCACCCCCACUGAUUCCUCUUCCUAUUGUGUGCUACUACCCUCCAGCCCACCCCACCCAACCCUACCUACACUGGAUUGGGACCCCUCCCUUUUGUCCACUCAAUACGAAAUCCUAAACCCCUUUUGUACCCCAAGCCCCCUCUAAAAAAAAAAGAAUCUCCCUGCUGGAAUGUUGUUACUAUUUGCCCCUCUUUUUUCAUGCCCAAUAUCUAUUUUUUGUGAAAAGGGAGGGAGGAAGGAGGAGGUAUACUCCUCAGGGAAAGUCUUCUGGAGCUAAAACCUCUGAGACUCUCAGGAUCAAACCUGUGGUAAACCUUUGAGACUGAGGCUCAGUGCACCUGAGGUAAACCUCUGGGAGUCUCCAACCUGAGGUAAAAUCCUCCUGGGUCUGAAGGUCAAACUUGAGGUAGAAUCCUGAGUCUGAAGCUCCAACCUGAGGUAGAAUCCUAUGUCUGAGGUUCCCACCUGAGGUAAACCUCUGAGUCUGAGGCGCAAACUUGAGGUAAAAUCCCAAGUUUAGUCUGCCAACCUGAGGUAAAAACAUCUGAGACGGAGACUCUAGAGUCUCAAACCUGAGGUAAACUGAAGCCUCCAUCCAUCCCACCCUGCCCUCGGCUGGCUGCCUGGCCGACCCGACACUGUUUGAAGGUGAGCAGCCAGUGCAUUCCUCACGCACUGUUUGCCCUCAGGGGUCGACCGAGGGUAGUAAAGACAGCACCACAGAGCAGGCAGAGGAAAUAGAGAGAUGCAGAGAAAGAGAGAGGGAGAAGCAUAAAAAAUGGUUGAAGAAAGCUGUCUUUGAAAAGUUCAUGUGUUUAAACACUAGUGUUAAGCUGUCCGCAGGCAUAUAGCAACCUUCCUCUCCUCUACUACAAAGCCCACUCCCCUAGUUUUUAUGAGACAGUUUUUCACUUUUAGUUGUAGUUUGGCUUUUUGCUUCAGGUCUUUUAUGCCAUUUGUCUUUUUUUAAUUAUUACUUUAAGCUUUUCUACUGUUUCCGUAAAGUCUCUAUUGCAUUAUGUAAAUACUAUAGGCAAAAAUUGGAUUGAAAUUAAAUUGGAAUAGGUUCAGGUGUGCAUGCCGGAUCGGUCUGCCUGACCUCGUUUGUACCGUUCUAAUCCUCCUUGGGAUAUAGAGUCUUGGAGCAAGACCAACAAGUCAAGGCAAAAUGUGUGUGAAUGAGAACAUGUGUUUUUGGAGGGAGUGUGUGUGUGUGUGUGUGUGUGUGUGUGUGUGUGUGUGUGUGUGUGUGUGUGCAUACAGUAUGUGUGUGCAUGAGUGCGUGCAUGCGUGUGUGUAUGGGAGUAAGUAGUUAGGUACUGUAGUUAUGAGGGUAGAUAUGUCGACACGGAGAAGGGCGGGGCUUAGAGUUUCAAAGACGAUGAAGGUGAGAGAUUUUUCCCUGACAUUCCUUUUGGAGUCCUUUUGGAGGGAAACGUUAAAUGUUUUUCUGAGGCGUUGCCUUUUUUCCCCAUUUGCUGCGCUCAUGUCGCCUCCUUCAAUCAGUUUGACUUGUCAGUGUCCAGAGACCAUGAAAAUGUUCACACUUUCCAAUCCAGUUAAGUUUUUUUUGUCUUCGAAGUGACACAGCUGAGGAACAAGAAAUCGCAAAAGACCACACAGACAAAAAAAAUCAUACACCCAUCAACCAAAUUUUUACUAAAACUUAAUAGCAUAAGAAAAGAAAUGACUCCAUGUGCAACGACUACUUUUUAAAUGGGGGCGUUCUGAUGUCACCUUGGACCAAAAUGUAUUCAUUCGCAGAGGCACAUCUCAAAAGAUUUAUUGGGCAGCAAUGAAUCAAAGUCAGCCUGCUCACACACACAGGGCAUUCUAUGUGGCCCAACAUAAACACCUACCCUUAGAAUGAGCAUGUACGUGGGAAGAAAAAGCCCCUGCCCUUGUAGGCGUUGUAAAUCCUUGUCUCAGUGUCCUGCAGAGGUCAUUCUGUGUUUGUCGUGGUCAAGUAAAAAGAAGGCACAUCGGACCGACAUGGUGUGAAUCCUAUGCCACUUAUUUUCUGUUUUCCACUAAGCGUGCACGAUAAGCAACCUCUCACGAUAAGUAUUUGUUUGUCUGACGUUACGUUGUUUUUUUGCACCAUGUUCAUCCUGAAAGUGACCUUUUUAUUUGUCUAAGGACACGAAGAAGAGCUCAUUGAAAGAAGUAUAAAUUUGAUGCAGAUGUUGUUAGGUAAUUAUUUUCCAAUUCCACUCCUGCAGAAAUCUCGAUGCACUAAUAGUGUAUGCUUUUUUUCUGUAGUGUACUGUACACAACACAUGGAGUCAGUAUUUUUUUUCUUCUUCUUUCACAUCUUGACAAAACAUUCACAUUUUCUUCGAUUAGAGUGAGGUAUGCCUUUAAGAAAGUAGACACUGGCAUUCAAAGCAGUACAUACUACAUUGUAAAUAAUAAACUGCCAUAUUUAUACAGUAAAUACGGCAAUUAUAAACAUUUUUUGUUUUUAGUUUGUUGUUAUUUGUUUUAUUUUUGUAUUUUUUAGGGGGAAUCUUUGACAUGUGUAACCUUCUGCAUUUUCUUUUUUUUAGUUUUAGAAUUAUCCUCAGGUUGUUUACAGUGUGGGUGUGAUUAUUUCUCUCUAAU